AUGAAAAGCCAAGAAUGUCCUUGUCUCCCUUCGGAGGCACAACAUCACUUGCUUCCAUUCAACACUGACAACAACGAUAAUAAUCGCACAUCAACACCCGUGAUGACAUUCAAAAUUGAUCACUCGGAAUUUACCACUUCCACUCAUCGAUUGCUGAGACUCGACUCUCCACGAAUGCCCUAUUCCGAGGAAGGAAAAGCACACCAUCGAAAUGCUCUUCAUUGGGGACAACGGAAAUUACUUCUCUCCGAAAUUGAAUUUCUAACUCAAUAUUCACAGCAAGGAGAUAUUGUUAUUUAUGCAGGAGCAGCACCUGGAAAUCAUUUAGUCUAUUUAACACAAAAAUUAUUUCCUCAUUUGACUUUUAUAUUCAUUGAUCCAAACAAAUUCAAUGAUCAUUUAUCUUCUUUACCAAAUGUUAAAAUUUUGCAAGAAUAUUUCACAGUGAGCAUGGCAGAGGAAUUUGCACAAUUGAAAAAUCAAAUGAUUGAUUCGAAAAGGUCCUCUCAAGAAAGUUCGAACAAUCAUGAAACAAAUAAUAUCUUGUUUAUGAGUGAUAUUCGAACGGCUGAUCCUUCGAUCAUGUCACUCGAGGAGUCUGAUAAAUGUAUCAUUGAAGAUUUACAAUUACAAAAAUCAUGGAUUAGCAUUUUAAAACCUCGUUUCAGUAUGGUGAAAUUUCGCUUACCCUAUUCGGAAGGUAAAACCAAAUACUACACAGGCGAUUUAUUUCUUCCAGUUUGGGGAAGGAAAUGGACUACAGAGUGUCGACUUGUUGUUUCUGAAAAAGAUGUCGAGCUUGUGAAUGUAGUUGAAUAUGACAAUAUUGAACAUGCAGAACAAAUGUUUUAUUUCAAUAAUGUCACACGAUUUGAAUACAUCUAUCCUCAUGGAAUUGUUGGAAAAUCAGAAGGUGUUGAUAAUUGUUAUGAUUGUCGAUCAGAGGUUCACAUUCUCUCAACCUACCUCAACCAAUUUCCUCAUAUGAAACAUGCCAUUGGUCAAGAAUGGCUCUCUAAUAAGGUCAACCUAAAAAACAAGUCGAAAGAAGACUCAGUUCCUUCAUCCUCCAUGGAUGCAGAGGCAAUUAGUCAUAACAAAGAAACUGAUCAAUGCGCCAACAAUGAGGACGACGAUUCAUUCCAAUUCAUUGGUGAAUGGAUGUCUCAAAUUUCAAAGCAAAUUUCACCUAAUCAUCGUUCCUUGUGUCAUGUUCUUGAUUCUUCACAGUUCAUUUUCAAUCCAACUGUUCACUUACUUCCUCAACAACAAGAUUCUAAGGAAUGGCUUGAAAUGAGGAAUAUGGUCUUGAAGCGUACAAGUGAAUUCUCAAAGUUGAUCUAUCGUUCACCCCAACGACAUGACAAAUCCUUCAAAAUUCAAGUAGGAAAUGAACCAUCCAAUCUCAAUAAGAAUACAAAUGAGAGUAAUCGUGUUUCGUCAUCAACAUUGCAGCAAGAAUCCCUCACGGACCUCUCUAUUGAGAAUGAAUCUUCAGGAAAUCCAUCCCUGACGAAAAGGAAAAAGCGAAGAAAACACAAAAAGAGAAACAAAAAGACAAAAUUCAGUGUCAAUGAUAAUGAAGAGGAAGAGAUGGAAUCACAACCUCUCAUUCUUGAGGAGCCUCCAACUGAUAUUCAGUGCGCUGAAACAACUCGAGUUGAUGGAGAUGAAAAUGAUGACAACCCUCGUCGUCAAUAA